AUGUCUCUCGCACGCCAUGUCGACCCAGAUCAGAUUAUUCAGAAUUUACAGAAUAUGCAUAUGAAAGAAGCUGGCCAAAAGCAUGUACACACCAAAGGAGGAACUUCCCAUAUUACCCCAUACUCGACUCGAUAUGCUUCCAAACAAGAAAUCUCCAAGUUCGAAAUACCUCAAGAUGGAGCACCAGCAGAUGCUGUUCAUCAAAUGUUGAAAGAUGAACUAGAUCUUGAUGGUAGACCUAAUUUGAACCUCGCAAGUUUCGUGGGUACAUACAUGGAAACCCACGCUGAACAAUUAAUGUUCGAGAAUAUUUCAAAGAAUAUGUCCGAUGCAGACGAAUAUCCAGCAAUGAUGCAAAUGCACACUCGCUGUGUUUCCAUUAUCGCCAAUCUUUGGGGAGCCCAAAAGGGAGAGAAAGCUAUUGGAUCUGCGACAACUGGUUCUUCAGAGGCUAUCCAUCUUGGUGGCUUGGCUAUGAAGAGACGUUGGCAAGAAAAGCGUGAGGCUGAAGGAAAGGAUAAAUCCAAGCCAAAUAUCAUCAUGGGAUCGAAUGCUCAAGUAGCUCUUGAGAAAUUCGCCAGAUACUUUGAGGUUGAAGCUAGAAUCCUUCCUGUUUCUGAAAAGUCAAACUUCAGACUUGAUCCGGAAUUGGUCAAAGGAAAUAUCGAUGAGAAUACUAUUGGUAUCUUUGUUAUUUUAGGAAGCACAUACACCGGUCAUUAUGAACCAGUUGAAGAAAUCUCCAAGAUUUUAGAUGACUAUGAAGCCAAGACUGGGGUUGAUAUCCCAAUUCACGUUGAUGCUGCGUCCGGAGGCUUUGUAGCUCCAUUCACCCAUGCUAAAGCUGGUGGUCCAAAGUGGAACUUCGAGCUCCCACGAGUAAAGUCCAUCAACACAUCCGGUCACAAAUUCGGUCUUGUGUACGCUGGUGUAGGCUGGAUCAUCUGGCGCGAUGAGUCUUACCUUCCCAAACAUCUUGUCUUCGAACUCCAUUAUCUAGGUGGAACAGAAGAGUCUUACACUCUCAACUUUUCUCGACCAGGUGCUCAAGUCAUCGCUCAAUACUAUAACCUCAUCCAUCUUGGUUUCAAUGGCUACCGUCAAAUCAUGGAAAAUUGCAUGAGCAACGCCCGUCUCCUUUCCAAAUCUCUCGAAGCCACUGGAUGGUACACAUGUGUCUCCGACAUUCACCGCAAGAAAGGUGAACACACAUUUCAAGGCCUAAGUGCCCCCGUCUUCAACAAAGAGGACGAAACCUCCGCUGAUUACAACGCCGGUCUCCCCGUCGUUGCCUUCCGUUUCUCAGACGAGUUUAAGAAAGAAUUUCCACACAUCGAGCAAGAGACUAUCUCCAAUCUUCUUCGCGCUAAACAAUAUAUUAUUCCCAACUACCCACUUCCUCCUAACGAGGAAAAGACUGAGAUUCUAAGAGUGGUAGUUAGAGAGAGUAUGAGUUUUGAUUUAUUGGAUCGAUUGAUCUCAGAUAUCUGUUCCACGACACAGAAUUUGAUCGAUAAUGAUGAGCAGGAUUUGAGCAUUUUGAAUAAACAAUUGACCAAGGGACACGGAAGCGCGGAGAAGAAUCAUGGAAGUGUGGGACAUAAGCAUGGAAAGGGACAAGGAAAGGGUGGUAACAGACCAAUGAGUAAUGGAGUACAUAGAGCGGUUUGCUAG